AUGUAUUCGCUCGAGACGGUUUACGAACUCGAGAAGCUGCAGGCCCUCGGCAACAGAGCCUUCAACCGGUAUAAGGCUGAGCGUCUCAUUCUGCUCCGGGAUCUGUACGACGGUACAGGAAGCGCUCCGAAGGCAUGCUCGCGAAGCAUGUCAAACGUCAUUGCGCCGGUUCGACAAUGGUCUCGCGAUCGCAUCCUGAAGGUGCGCUCUCGCGUCCACCGCACUCUUGACGUGCAACAAGAGCAAGUCAACAGUGAUAUUGAAGCUCUCAAGCGCAAGAUCAUCUGUGAUAUCCACGGACACGGCUUCAGCGCUCUGACGGCGUGGGACGACUACCUGUCCUCCCGCAAGCACUGGUCCGGAUCCGAGCUGCGCGACCUCGAGCACUCGACCGACGACCUGCAGCGCGGCUGGGUCAUGUUCGUUUCGAUCCUGGACGACGCCGAGGCCAAGCAGGCCGCGGCAGCCAAGCCCGUCGAGCUCUCCGAGGACCUGACGGACGAGCCCGAAUCGCUGCCUUCGUCGUCCCAGUCCUCUCCAUCAGACGAGCUCUCCUCGUAUCCCGUUCCUUCGCUUCCUUCGCGAUAUGCUCGGAGUCCACAAUCAAGUGGCGAGCAGGGAAUGUUCCAGUCCGCCCAGUCGACCUCGCGGAAUCACAAGCACAGCAAGGGCCGCCACAGCACCAGCUCGGCACGUAGUCCGAGUCCCCCCGUCCAGGGCGAGAAUGAGGACGACCGUGUCGUCGCCUGCCUUCUCGCCCGGAAUACAAGGAGCUGGAUGCCGCGCACGCCGCGCCGUCGCUCCAGUCGCGAGAGCGACUAUAGCUACUGA